GCAAGAAAAUCGGUUAACUUCAUAAUCGCGUAACUUAGCUUAUACCUAUCAUUCCGAACCGUCGAAUUUCUCAAUACCUUCCAAGUCCUUAAAAUUCAUGAAUAAGAGAAUCACGACUGACUAAGUGAUUCCAGUUAUCUAACAGCUUAUAAAAAAUAAGCUAAUCCUCUCAGGCGCUUUCAGAAUAUAAACCUAGCUCAGGAAUUCCUGGCUAUGGCAAAGAAUGCGCCGAGUUGUUGUCACAGGCCUCGGCGCCAUCACACCCCUUGGCGUAGGUAUUCGCCAUACAUGGAAUAGACUGAUCGCCGGACACUCGGGCAUCGUCAGUGUUGCGGACUUCGAACCCCAGAAGCGAUGGCGGGAGCUUACGAGCACCGUCGCCGGUAUCGUCCCAAAGUCGGGUCCUGGUGAAAAUCUGUGGCGUCCCGACGACUGGUUGACGGCGGCGGAUCAGCGGCGCAUGUCUACCUUCUCUCAGUACGCGAUUGCCGCAACAGAUAUGGCUCUAGAGGACGCCGCGUGGAGACCGCACAAGCAGGAGGAUUUGGAAUCGACUGGCGUGUGCCUAGGAAGCGGCAUUGGAAAUUUGGAUGAAAUGUACAACACAAGCCUUGUGUACGAACGAGAUGGCUACAAAAAGGUAUCUCCGCUCUUCGUCCCGAAGAUUCUCAUCAACUUGGCAGCAGGCCAUAUCGCAAUGAGAUAUGGGUUUCAAGGUCCUAAUCAUGCUGUGACUACGGCCUGUACCACAGGCGCUCACUCCAUCGGGGAUGCCUCACGUUUCAUCGCAUUUGGUGACGCCGACGUCAUGGUUGCGGGGGGAUCAGAGUCCUGCAUCCACCCGCUGACCUUUGCAGGAUUCGGAAGAUCGCGUUCAUUAUCUACCGCUUUCAACCACGAUCCACCUUCAAGCUGUCGGCCGUUUGAUCUUCGACGUGAUGGUUUUGUCGUCGCUGAAGGUGCCGCAGUAGUUGUGUUAGAAGAGCUAGAGCAUGCAAAAUCCAGAGGUGCUCGUAUAUACGCCGAAUUAAAGGGGUAUGGGUCUAGCGGCGAUGCUCAUCACAUGACGGCUCCCCGAAUAGAUGGAUCGGGGGCAUAUCUCUCUAUGAAAAAGGCUUUGAAGCAUGCCGGGAUCAAGCCUAAUCAAGUCGACUACAUCAAUGCGCACGCGACUAGCACUUCUGUCGGCGACACAGCGGAGGCGCUUGCGAUCCGGUCGUUAAUGACAGGCGAGGAAGGAUAUUCUAGCGAAAGCCAAGUCUCCGUUAGUAGUACCAAAGGAUCUAUCGGACAUAUUCUCGGGGCCGCGGGCGCAAUCGAAGCUAUUUUCACCAUAUUGGCGAUUGCCGAAAACAUUCUCCCUCCCACGCUAAAUCUGACAGAUCCUGAUGUCGAGCCCAAAUUCAACUUUGUACCCCUUCGAGCUCAAGAGAAGAAGGUUAACGUCGCUCUCUCGAAUAGUUUCGGCUUCGGGGGUACUAACGCGACGCUCGUCUUCUCUCAACUCGACUGAACCUGUUACCUGGAUACUUAGACCAUUGCAUUAGUACCAUACCUACCUGAGGUAUGUAAAUAUAAUGACGUAUAAAUGCUAAUGUAAGAUAUGACGAGUAUAUAAUACCUAUAUUCCUACAUUUAUAUCAAGCUGUAAUGGUUUGUAGGACUGUACCUAAUGGUUGUGGUGUAAGUUGUAGGUACCUGGUAUGAUAGAAGUACGUGGGAGGUACCUAACCUAACAUAGCACAGGUAUGUACCAGUACGUACUAGAUCUCGGAUCCCUGUCGUAGAUCCAAGCUUCGGACAGGGGUCCAAGCUUC